AUGCCCCGCUUCUCCUUGUCCCGGCCGGAUAUCCACCUGCCAUUGCCGAAACCUCUUCGCGCCCUUCCUCCGGCCGUGGUAUGGCAGAUCCUGCUUCUCAUCUCGGUCAACAUCAUCAUCUGGGUCGCCAUCGGUAUCAUCCUACACUUCUACCCGGUCCUUAUCUCAUCUGCUGUCCUAUCUUAUACCCUGGGCCUGCGCCAUGCUCUCGAUGCCGACCACAUCAGCGCCAUCGAUCUUAUGACCAGGCGUCUAAUCGCCGCCGGCCAGCGCCCCGUCAGCGUCGGCACUUGGUUCAGUCUGGGUCACUCCACCAUCGUCGCCAUCACCUGCGUGGUUGUCGCGGCCACGAGCGGCGCGCUGAGGGACCGCUUUGAUGGUUUCCAGAGGGUCGGAAACAUCGUCGGUACGAGCGUCAGCGCCGCUUUCCUGCUCAUCUUGUGUGCAGGCAACGCCUGGGUUCUGUUCCGCCUGGUCAAGAGGCUGAGGACGUUGCUCGAGGGACAGCGCCAGCAGAUCAGAGACGGCGAGGAGGCCCGGGGGCCUGGGGAAGAAGACGCCGCGGCUGGGCAGCUGUCGCUCGAAGGCGUCGGCUUCUUGGCCAAUGUAUUUCGGAAAUUGUUUCGGAUUGUUGAUCGGCCAUGGAAGAUGUAUCCGCUUGGUGUGAUGUUUGGCCUGGGUUUCGAUACCAGCUCCGAGAUCGCCAUCUUAGGAAUUGCCAGUAUCCAAGGAGCUGCUGGCACGAGCUUGUGGCUGAUCUUGGUGUUUCCGGUUCUGUUUACAGCCGGCAUGUGUCUCCUCGACACGACGGAUGGAGCUCUCAUGAUGGCCCUGUACACUUCCAAGGCCUUUUCGCGGGACCACAUCGCGAUUUUAUACUACUCCAUCGUCUUGACCGGGAUUACAAUUGUCGUGUCUGCUUUCAUUGGAGUCAUCCAGGUCCUAACGCUCGCGUUGAACGUCGCUGAGCCGGAAGGCAGCUUCUGGGACGGCGUCGAAGCCAUUGGGGACAACUUCGAGAUCAUCGGUGGCAGUAUUUGUGGGCUUUUUCUCGUCGUAGGACUGGGUUCUGUGAUCGUCUACCGACCCUGGAGAAGAAGGAUAGACCGAAGAGCACUCUUGAGUGCUUCACCAGAUGCAGCGUUUGAUGGUGAGGCGAGCGACCCCAGGGAACCGGAAGGCGAGGCAGGGCAAACGGACCAUCGUGCCGGGGCGUAA